CCGCGCCCGCCGCGCCGCAGGCCUCGGAGCUCCGCCGGGAGGGCAACGCCUUGUUUCAGGAGGGCCGCUACGAGGAGGCGCUGGCGGCGUACACGCGAGCACUCAGCCUGUGCCCCCCGGAGGCCCGGCCCGGCCCGCAGCGCGCCCUCCUGUACCGCAAUCGCGCCGCCUGCCACCUCAAGCUGGAGAACUACACCCAAGCCGAAUCGGAUGCUUCUAAAGCCAUAGAAGCUGAUGGGCGUGACGUAAAGAGCCUCUUCCGUCGCAGCCAAGCUCUCCAGAAAUUAGGCCGCCAUGAUCAGGCCAUCCUAGAUUUGCAGAGGUGUUUGAGCUUGGAACCCAAGAAUAAAGUCUUCCAGGAGGCUCUGCACAACUUUGGCAGCAGCAUGUGUGAGAAGAUGAGAGCCAUGUCCAGUACCGACUCUAAAGUGGAGCAGAUGUUUAAGCUGUUGUUGGACACUGAAGAAAAAGAUCUGGAUAAAAAGCAAAAGGCAGCUCAGAAUUUGAUCGUUCUGGCUCGAGAAGAACCUGGUGCAGAGAAGAUCUUCCAGAGCGACGGAGUGCACCUGUUGCUGCGGCUGUUGGAUUUGGGCCAGCCGGAUAUGACAUUGGCAGCCCUGCGGACCUUCACUGGCCUAUGCCAGGGGCAUCGUUCCCGGACUGCGGCGAUCCUGGCCCAGCUGGGGCCCCAGCGCCUCCUUGCUGUGCUGGAGGUGGAGGAUGAGCAUGUCUCUCUGGCCACCCACAAUCUGCUUCAGGUCAUGUUUGAUGCCCUCAAGGAGGGUCUCCAGCGGCUUGCACCCAAGAAGGAGGGUGCUCUGGUGUUGGAUGGCUCUGAGGAGCUGAAAAUGCUGCUCAAGUGUCUGCUGCAGGCCCUGACUCAGGGCAGCAUCUCCUCUUACGGCCGCGACGGCAUCCUCAACCUGCUGAUCAGUGUGGUUCCCCGGAAGUCCCUGCAGACUCCUGACAACAGCCUGACCCUCUGGGCCAUUGACCAGGGUCUCAAGGAGAUCCUGGAGGUCGGAAGCACGGUGCGGCACAGCGCCGGAGGCCUGCGGGUGACGGACAACACCCACAUGAGCGCUGCUGUCCUGCUCAGCAAGCUCUACGGGGACCUGAAGAGUGACGGAGAGCGGGAGAAUUUCCACCGGCUCUGUGAGGACUACGUCAGGGGCUGGUUCCAGGACGAGAGCGUGCCUGGGAAGCUCCGGGCCAUCCAAACCGCAGCAGUCCUCCUGCAGGGCCCCUCCGAGGCCGGCAACCGGGUGCUGGAGCUGAGCGGCAUCAUGGAGAGCAUCCUGGCCCUGUGCGCCUCUUCCCGUGAGGCUGACCAGUUGGUGGCUGUGGAGGCCCUGAUCCAUGCCGCCGACAAGGCCAAGCACGCCUCCUUCAUCUCGGCCAAUGGCGUAACUCUGCUCAAGGAGAUCUACAAGCACAGCGACCGGGACAGCAUUCGCAUCCGUGCGCUGGUGGGCCUCUGCAAGCUGGGCUCGGCCGGAGGCACGGACUUCAGCAUGAAGCAGUUCGCAGAGGGCUCCACCCUGAAGCUGGCCAAGCAGUGCCGCAAGUGGCUGUGCAACGAGGCCGUCGACGCGGGCACACGGCGCUGGGCAGCAGAGGGCCUGGCCUACCUCACGCUGGACGCGGACGUCAAGGAGGAGCUCGCGCAGGACGGGGCCGCGCUGCACGCCCUCUUCCAGCUCACACAGUCCGAGAACCGGAGCUUGCUGUUUGCGGUGGCGUCCACGCUUGUCAACUGUACCAACAGCUACGACCAAGAAGAGCCGGACCCCCAGAUGGUGGAGCUUGCCAAGUACGCCAAGCAGCACAUCCCCGAGAAGCAUCCAAAGGACAAGCCAGAGUUUGUGCGCAGGCGCGUGCAGAAGCUUCUGGCUGCUGGCGUGGUGUCCGCUCUGGUCUGCAUGGUGAAGAGUGAGAGCCCACCCCUGAGCGCCGCCUGUCGGGAGCUGAUCUCCAGGGUGUUCCUGGCUGUCGUGGAAGACCCAGAGGACAGAGGAGCCGUGGUCGCUGCUGGAGGGGGCAAGGCUCUCAUCCCGCUGGCCCUGGAGGGCACCAAGGCAGGGCAGACCAAGGCAGCACAAGCCCUGGCCAGGAUCGCCAUCACCACGGCUCCCGAGAUGGCCUUCCCAGGAGAGCGGAUCUUUGAGGUGGUCCGGCCCUUGGUGGGCCUCCUGCACUUGAACUGCACCGGCCUGCAGAAUUUUGAGGGGCUGAUGGCGCUCACCAACCUGGCUGGGACCAACGAGCGGCUCAGGCAGAAGAUCGUGAAGGAAAAGGCCGUGCCCCUGGUCGAGGGCUACAUGUUUGAGGAGCAUGAGAUGAUCCGCCUGGCGGCCACGGAGUGCAUGUGCAACCUGGUGCUGCACCCGGAGGUCGCCGAGCUCUUCUUGGCUGAAGGGAGCGACCGGCUGAAGCUGCUGGUCCUCUACAGUGGGGAGGAGGAUGAGCGGCUGCGUCAGGCGGCUUCUGGGGCGCUGGCGGUGCUUACGUCACUGCUGCCUCCGAUCUGCACCCGCAUCCCUGACACGACCACCGAAUGGCAGGUGAUCCUGCAGGCUCUGCUGCUCAGCCCUAGUGUGGAGCUCCAGCACCGCGGCGCCGUGGUGGCAAGGAACAUGGUGGCGGCGGACCAGGAGGUGGCCGCGAAGCUAAUGGAGAGUGAGACGCUGGAGAUCUUGUCAGUCGCGGCCAAGCGGGGCGACAAGCCCCAAGUGGCCCAGGCCGCCGCAGAGUGCCUGGCCCAGGCCGUGGCGUACGGCUUGAUCAAGGCCAGCCCCACCAGCGGGCAGUGAAGCUGUCUUCUCGCGGCCUGUGCGGACACACGCGGCUGGUGCUGGGCUUGCUGAGCGCUGGGUGCUGGGGCCAGGGAAGGCGCGACUGGGCUCUGCCGGCCAGGCCUGCCCGCCCUGCCCGCGGCCUGUGGGCACCUUUCUCGCCUGCCGGGGCUUUGUGUGGCGAUGCAGCGGACGGCUUUGGGCAGCACACGGAUGUUCGGGCUCGUCUUUCUCUGGGAACGUCUCUCGCUGGCACCGCCGUGACGGCAUGAUGAUGGCGGGCAGGUUCCACGGGAGUCCGGCUUCUGCGGAGGGCUUGGGGGCCGCUCGGCCGCUGCUGCGGUGCACUUCCUGUCAGCUGCCGCUGGAGGGCACUGCUUGUGUGCGGCACUCGCCCCCACCCCGGGGUCUGCGGCCCGCUUCCCUCCCGCUGCCUUGUGAGCCGGGAAGCUGCCUUCCCACCACGCCGCCCUUCCACUGCUGUGCUUGACUGCUGAGUCUCCUGCUGUUUGCAUUCCCGGCCCUCUCUGGCAAAUGAGGGCUUCCGUUACGAGCAGUGACACUUCAGGGACAAGUGGCGUAUUGUACGGAGCUAACAAGGAAAACUAUGCAAAUAUUCCUUUCUGUAAAGCAAAUUCACACA